UUGUAGAGUUGCUGAAUUGCUGGAUUAUCAGGGCAACAUCUCUCUGCGCCCCUUUUUAUCUUUCCAAGUCUACACUUUUAUCAAAUCGAAUUUGGGUUUUUUGAACCUUACAACUUUUUUCAAGGGUUAUCUGAAUUUUACGUUUCAUCUAUCAGUUUCAACGGAAUUGGGGGUUUUCUUUAGUUGUUUUUAUAUAACUCCUUCUUCAGUUCAUCAUGGUUUCAGAUAUUCAUACAGAUUAAGCGUAGCUUAAUUGGAGUUCAUCACCUGAAUUUCUUUGUACCCAUCCAAGAUCGUUUGUCGAUACAUAAACCAUGAGUCGCUCAGAGGGACCUCACCGAGGAUUUCUCCCGAUUGGGAAUCCCUUCAAGAUGAUGAUGCCCAAAACUUCUCAUCUCCCAUCAACAUUCCUAACUACAUUCGAGAAAAAUCUGGCCAAAAGAUUUCAACAAUUAAAGCCAAAUCAUCCAAACGAUGUCAUCACCUUUUCAUGGAUGAAAUCCGCAUUGUCUUCAAUUUGUGAUACACUUGAUGAUGUAAGGAAACUCAUUGUAGAUCUAGAGCUUCCAAUAUGCAGCUGGGAUAUAAAAUGGGUGGAUAUGUAUUUAGACAACAGUUUAAAUUUACUUGAUUUUUGCAGUGCUUUUGGAACUGAUAUCGUGAGGCAAAGAUUCGGUUACGUGAUGCUAAAAUGUGCAUUACUUGAUCUUGAUUCAGAUAACCCACAAAAGCUAAUGAAAGCAUCUUCUUCGCUUCAUGAAUGGAGACAAUAUCACAACUCUUAUCACAACUCAAAGCUACAAGAUUGUUGUGAUGUUAUAUCCAAGCUUGAACAAACACUCAACUUGCCCAAAAUCAAGAACAUACCCAAAGCCAAAGACUUGGUUCGAGCCAUGUAUGGACUCAAGGUUCAGACCAUGUUCAUCUUUUCCACAUUCGUGGCUGCAUUUUCAACUUUCCCUAGGGUUCUUGUCGAGUUGCAGGUUCCUAAACUGUAUUUAUGGCAAGAAUCUUUUACAGAGUUGCAGGUGGUUGUCAAUGGUGAAAUCAAGAAUGUAUAUAGUUCGAAUGGGGUUUCUCCAUUGAUGGAGCUUCGAAGAAUUGAGGAAAAUGUGAAGAAGUUGUACCCUUUGCUUCAUGAGGGUCUGGGUGAUGUUAAAGAUGAAGAUUUCAAGAGUUAUUGUUCUGAAUUGAUGGAGAAUAAUGAGAAGUUUUUGAUUGGGUUGGAUGAGAUCAAAUCAGAAAUGGAUCGAUUUUUUAAAGUUGUGGUGAGUGGUCGGAUGGCGUUGUUGGAUAAUUUUCAACAGCAACCACCAAGGAGUGGGGUCCAACAGGUUAGAAUGUGACUUCAAGGAAUGUUUUUUUUUUUUUUUUUUUAUACUUUUGGUACAUGUUUAUAUAUUUAUAUGUUUUUUUUUCAGUCGAUUAUGUUGUAGAAUUGUAUGUGUUGUUUUUCUUGAGUUUUUUGGAUGUUGUUUUUGUUGUUGGAUUAUUAUAUAUAUUAUAGUUAGCAUUAAAUUUGUAUUUGUCUUUA